AUGGACAUCUAUCUAUCUAUCUGUCUGUCUGUCUGUCUAUUUCAUUCUGUCCUUAUCUAUCUAGCUAGCACAGUCUGUUCUUAUCUAUCUAUCUAUCUAUCUAUCUAUCUAUCUAUCUAUCUAUCUAUUUCAUUCUGUUCUUAUCUAUCUAUCUAUCUAUCUAUCUAUCUAUCUAUCUAUCUAUUUCAUUCUGUUCUUUAUCUAUCUAUCUAUCUAUCAAUCUAUCUAUCUCAGGCUGUUCUUAUCUAUCUAUCUCUCUAUCUAUCUAUCUAUCUAUUUCAUUCUGUUCUUAUCUAUCUAUCUAUCUAUCUAUCUAUCUAUCUAUCUAUCUAUUUCAUUCUGUUCUUUAUUUAUCUAUCUAUCUAUCUAUCUAUCUAUCUAUCUAUCUAUCUAUCUCAGGCUGUUCUUAUCUAUCUAUCUCUCUAUCUAUCUAUUUCAUUCUGUUCUUUAUCUAUCUAUCUAUCUAUCUAUCUAUCUAUCUAUCUAUCUAUCUCAGGCUGUUCUUAUCUAUCUAUCUCUCUAUCUAUCUACUUCAUUCUGUUCUUUAUCUAUCUAUCUAUCUAUCUAUCUAUCUAUCUAUCUAUCUAUCUCAGGCUGUUCUUAUCUAUCUAUCUCUCUAUCUAUCUAUUUCAUUCUGUUCUUAUCUAUCUAGAUAGCUCUGUCUGUUCUUAUCUAUCUAUCUAUCUAUCUAUCUAUCUAUCUCAGGCUGUUCUUAUCUAUCUAUCUAUCUAUCUAUCUAUCUAUCUAUCUCAGUCUGUUCUUUAUCUAUCUAUCUAUCACAAACACACACACACACACUCUCUCUCUCUAUCUAUCUAUCUACCUAUCUAUCUCUGGCUGUUCUUAUCUAUCUAUCUAUCUAUCUCAGCCUUAUUUUCCUUCUGCGUUUUUCUUUCUUUACUUCCGCCUACUUCUUCAAUUAUCUUCAUAGAUUUAUUCUUCUGUUAUUCUUUCUUCAGUCUUCCGGUCUUUUCUUCUUCUUUUCAAUUUUCUUUUAAUCUUUACUUCUUUUUCGUCAUAACAACUGGCAUCCGUCGUUUCGAUCUUUUCUUCUCAUUUGUCCUUUUCUUCUUCUUUUUUGAUUUCACCUUUUCUUUUUCUUUUCACUUAUCUUUCAUUCUUUUCGUCUUUUUCUUCUUUACAGAUGUCUGCCGCCUUUUCUUCUUUUUCCUCCUCUUUUCAGUUGUCUUUCAUUCUUUUCUUCUUUACUUUUCUUCUGCCCUUUUCUUCUUUUUCUUCCUCUUUCUUCUUGUCUUUCAUCAUUUUCUUCUUCUUUUCGGUUGUCUUUCAGCCUUUUCUUUGUUACAACUGUCUUCCGUCCUUUCCUUCUUUUUCUUCUACUUUUCGGUUGUCUUUCAUCCUUUUCUUCUUUUUCUUUCUCUUUUCAGUUGUCUUUCAUUCUUUUCUUCUUCUUUUCUGUUGUCUUUCAUCCUUUUCUUCUUUUCUGUUGUCUUUCAUCCUUUUCUUCUUCGUUUCUGUUGUCUUUCAUCCUUUUCUUCUUUUCUGUUGUCUUUCAGCCUUUUCUUCUUCGUUUCAGUUGUCUUUCAGCCUUUUUCUUAUUUUUCUUUCUCUUUUCAGUUGUCUUUCAUUCUUUUCUUCUUCUUUUCUGUUAUUUCUUUCUUUCUUUUUUUUUUAGAUUUCUUUCUUUCUUUUUUUAGAUUUCUUUCUUUCUUUUUUUUUAGAUUUCUUUCUUUCUUUUUUUUAGAUUUCUUUCUUUCUUUUUUUUUAGAUUUCUUUCUUUCUUUUUUUUAG